CGCUUCCUGCAGACUCUUCUACCCCGAGGCCCCCGUUAAGAUUGUGCGCGGCCGCGGCCAGUACCUGUACGACGAGCAGGGCGCGGAGUACCUGGACUGCGUCGGCAACGUGGCGCACGUUGGGCACUGCCACCCUCUCGUGGUCCAAGCUGCACACGAACAGAACCAGGUGCUGAACACGAACAGCCGAUACCUGCAUGAUAACAUCGUGGACUACGCCCAGCGGCUGUCAGAGACCUUGCCAGAGCAGCUCUGUGUAUUUUACUUCCUGAAUUCUGGGUCAGAAGCCAAUGACCUGGCCCUGCGGCUGGCGCGCCAGUACACAGGACACCAGGAUGUGGUGGUGCUGGACCAUGCUUAUCAUGGCCACCUGAGCUCCCUGAUCGACAUCAGUCCCUACAAGUUCCGGGACCUGGACGGCCAGAAGGAGUGGGUCCAUGUGGUGCCUCUCCCAGACGUCUACCGGGGCCCCUACCGGGAAGACCACCCUGACCCAGCUGUGGCCUAUGCCGACGAGGUGAGCCGUGUGGUCAGCAGCGCACAGGAGAAGGGCCGGAAGAUCGCAGCCUUCUUUGCGGAGUCGCUGCCCAGCGUCGCCGGGCAGAUCCUUCCCCCUGUGGGCUACUUCUCCCUCGUGGCACAGCACGUCCGAAGGGCCGGAGCAGUCUUCGUGGCAGAUGAGAUCCAGGUCGGCUUUGGCCGCGUAGGCAAGCACUUCUGGGCCUUCCAGCUGCAGGGGGAGGACUUCACCCCUGACAUCGUCACUAUGGGCAAGUCCAUCGGCAAUGGCCACCCUGUCGCCUGUGUGGCCACCACCCAAGCUGUGUCGAGGGCCUUUGAAACCACCGGCGUGGAAUAUUUCAACACGUUUGGGGGUAGCCCUGUGUCCUGUGCAGUGGGGCUCGCUGUCCUAGAUGUUUUGGAGAAGGAACAGCUGCAGACUCAUGCUACCUGCGUGGGCAGCUUCCUGAUGGAGCUCCUCCGGCAGCAGAAGGAAAAGCACCCCAUCAUCGGGGAUGUCAGGGGCGUUGGGCUCUUCAUCGGUGUGGAUCUGGUGAAGGAUGAGGCCACGAGAACUCCAGCAACUGAAGAGGCUGACUACUUGGUAUCCAGGCUGAAGGAGAGCUACAUCUUGCUGAGCACUGACGGCCCUGGGAGGAAUGUGCUCAAGUUUAAGCCGCCAAUGUGUUUCAGCAGGGACAACGCACAGCAUGUGGUGGCAAGGCUGGACGCCAUCCUGACAGAUAUGGAAGAGACACUGAGAAGCUGUGAGACACUGAGGCCUCAAGCCUGAGCCAGCCCAGCUGCCAGGGACCCAUUCUCCAGGAUAUGCCAGAAGCUGCCCAGAGACAGGAACAGAAGACACCCUGCAACCAGGGAGAGGACCCAUCUUCAUCCAGAUUCCACUUACCUCCGCCACCGCCACCGCCGCUGCUGCCUCGGUUCCCUCGGUUGCGGUUUCCACGGCCCCCCGAGCCGUACUGCUGCUGCUGAUAGACCUCUUUGGGCUGGGCCACCUUGAUUUCACACUGAAAGUCAAGAGGACAACAGGUCAGGCCACAGGACAAGUCAGCCAGACUGCACACAGACCUUCACUGUGAUAAGCACUCAGAAGACCAGUCGGGCCCCUCUAAAAACAAAACGCAGUGGGGCAGAGCACAUCUGGGCUAGAAGCUUCUGGAACCGCAAACAAGGGCUUUUCUGAAGAAAACCUUUCCUGGAAGAACGCCCUAGGGUUAGACAUCUCAGCCCAGGACAGCAGCACACCUCAGAGUCUGAGCAGAGGGCGGACAGGCUAGCACCACUCUGAUCCUAGUGGGCUAAGAGGGCCAGAUCCUUCUUCGAUAAGCAGUAUUAAGCACCAUGGAGACUUGACCAAUUUCCCCCCAAAGAAUCUCAUCCCACUCAAACUCCUGAGACGCUGCCCUCCACCUGACAGAUGAAGCCAGCACCUGGGGUGACAGGAUCCCCCAGGCCUUCCAGGUGCCAGUGCCAGCCUGCUGUUGGGAUGGCCCAGGGGUGUGCAUCCCCCAGAGCCGCAGGCCUGUGCCCUUUUCUGCCCAUGAAGGGGCAGUGGUGGGGAUUUUCAGGUGCUUUUGCUUAAUAAACUACAGCAAUGUUAAGCAAACUUGACACACCUCCAUUAAAAACCCACUUCUGCCUUGUCUCCCCAAA